ACCUACUACAGCUCCAUCAAAUUUCAUUCAUUGGUUAAUAAAUUUGAAGAGGCCCUUAGCAACUAUAUAUACGUUACUCCUUGGUUUCACAAGCAACACAAGUCUUUUACAUCCUAAAACAUCACAACUCAAUAUCUAUUUCUAAUGCAGUCCUUUAUCAUAAAAAAACAAUGGGUUUCCGCAUAACAAGUGUUAUCAGAAAAGCAUCAUUUUCAAGAACUCAAGGAUCUACCAAAGGAUUUGAAGUUUCUAAAGGAUAUCUCGCCGUCUAUGUUGGAGACAAAAUGAGGCGGUUUUUGAUUCCAGUAUCAUACUUGAACCAACCUUUGUUUCAAGAGUUAUUAAAUAAAGCAGAAGAAGAGUUUGGAUAUGAUCAUCCAAUGGGCGGUCUCACAAUCCCAUGCAGUGAAGAUGAAUUCCUAAACCGCACAUAUAAAAAAACAAUGGGUUUCCGCAUAACAAGUAUUAUACGAAGGGCAUCAUUUUCCAGAACUCAAGGAUUUACCAAGGGAUUUGAAGUCCCUAAAGGCUAUCUUGCUGUCUAUGUUGGACACAAAAUGAGGCGGUUUGUGAUUCCGGUAUCAUACUUGAACCAACCACUGUUUCAAGAAUUACUAAAUGAAGCAGAAGAAGAAUUUGGAUAUGAUCAUCCAAUGGGCGGGCUUACAAUUCCAUGCUGUGAAGAUGAAUUCCUAAACCUCACUUCUCUCUUGAGUUGAGCUGUAAAUCAAGCUAAUGGAGAUUUAGAUAGAUUAGUUUGAGAUAGAUUAGUUGAGAUUAAUUUGUACAGAAAGCAUUUUCUUCAAUUAUGAAGAUUUUUCAUUUUCUUUCUGCCAUAUAUCAUUCCUUAGGAAAUCCAAAUGUUUCCUGAAUGAGAAUGUUAAUGAUACGAGAGAUUAU